CUCCUUUUUUAUUUAUUUAUUUAUUUUUACUUUAACAAACAUGGAGUCAAAAAGCAAUGAAGACCUUGGUUUGUAUAUUGCUUAUGGUACCAUCAUUACCAUGGCAGUAUUACCCAUCUAUUCAGGUUCACUUGCUUCUAUCAAAGGCAUGAAAAGACCUGCCAAUGCAUCCAAAGCCAAAAAGUCAGACAAUCCUCUUGACGAUUCCGAAGAUGAAGACGAAUCUGUUUUGGAAAGUUUGACGAGUGGAGACGCGUACAUGUUUCCUAUCAUUGGUUCUUGCGUCUUGUUUGGUAUGUAUCUCGCUUUUCGUUACCUGGACAAGGCUUAUAUCAAUUACAUCUUGACCAUCUAUUUUGCUUUUAUGGGCUGUGCUGCUGUCACUAAAUCACUCUUGAUGGUGGCUAGAAAGGUUGUUCCUAGAGCUAUUCUAAAGCAUGUUGCUAAAUACAAGGUGACUUUAUCCAAGCGAUCUAAGAAUAUUUCGCACAUUAGUUUUACUGUGAUUCAUGGUCUUUUGAUCUUGGCUUCUAUUGGACUGACCGUCUAUUACAGCUAUACCAAGAACUGGAUUGCUUCUAAUAUCUUUGGUCUUUCUUUCUCUGUGAAUGCUAUUCAGUUACUCUCUUUGGAUUCAUUUAAGACAGGUAUCAUCUUACUUAGUGGCUUGUUCUUUUAUGAUAUCUUUUGGGUCUUUUAUACACCUGUCAUGGUCUCUGUGGCUACCAAUUUCGAUGCCCCCAUCAAACUUUUGUGGCCCCGUAACAUCAUUGACUUUGUGCUCCAAAACAACGACCAAGCUCGAUUCACCAUGCUUGGGUUAGGUGAUAUUGUGAUUCCCGGUAUUUUUGUAGCUCUCUGUCUUCGUUUUGAUCGCCACAUGUCAUGGAAACGUAACCCUGCUGGUCAAUUCAGAUCCACUCGGUUCCCCAAGCCUUAUUUUACAGCCAAUUUGAUUGCUUAUGUGUUUGGGUUGGGAUUGACCAUGGUUGUCAUGCAUUUCUUUAAAGCUGCUCAACCUGCUUUGUUGUAUUUGAGUCCUGCUUGUAUCUUGUCUGCUUUAGGUACUGCUGUUGUACGUGGUGAACUUUCAGAAUUCUUUGGUUAUACUACUGAAGAACCCAAAAAAGAAGAAGAAGAAAAAGAAAAGAAAAAUAAGCGUGCUGUAGAAGAAAUUGAAUUGGAUACCAAACAAGAAGUAGAAGAAGCAGAAGAAGAAGGAAGUAUUGAAAUUGAAGAGAUUGAAUUGGAUGAAGAAGAAGAAGAAGAGGAAGAAGAAGGUGAAAUUAGACCUCAAGCUAAGACAACUGGUAGUAAAAAGAACAAUACCAGUGGCAAGAAGAGAAAGAAUAAGAAAUAGACAGUCAUUUUCUUGUAAAUAGAUAUAUAAAAUCAUUUCGCAUGUUUAUUAUUGAAUGCACAAAUAUAGUAAAUUUACUUUUUUUGU